AUGCCAAAAGAUGUUUUUACCUUCAUUCGUCUUUUUGUGCUCUUACUCAGUUUCUCCACUAUUUUUCUGGGAGUCCUUUGCAUUUCCACAAAUUCCUCCAUGUGCAGAUGUGGAAAUAAUGAGCUAGUGUUUUAUUGCCUGAUAGCUUUGGGGUUCUUUCUCCUUGUUACUGGCAUUUUCUGGAGCACUUUCCAUGAAGUCUUGAAAUACAGGGCCCUUGGCAUCGUCAUUCGAAAUCCCAGUCACCGAGAACUACGUGUCUGCACCAUAGACAGGCCUGACUUCUACCCUCCCUCCUAUGAGGACUGCACAGAUCCUGAAAAACAGACUUCCCCACUGUCAAUUGCCUUCACAGUAAAACAGCAAGAAGCCAUCAAUGUCACUCCGCCUCCAUAUAGUGAAAGCAGUGCAGAGUUCGUCAGUGAAACACAUGAGCAGGAACAGCCACCACCAUACGAGUUAUGUGUGCGGGAGCUAUGGCAGCAGCAAACAGCUGACCACGACUCAAACCCCAGACUGGAGUCAAAUUCUCAUAUAUCCAUGCAAGAAAUCAGUUACCAACAGGAUAUAGACUUCCAGGGGACCUCAGAAAGAGCAACAUCUGUCAGAACAUCUGAGAUGGGCAGCCAGUAAAAUUCUGCAUCUGUGAAGCAGGGAAAACUGGAAGAAGACUCGUGUCAGUGAUCCCAAGUAGUACACUACUUAAGGUGAAAUUGCACAGGAAAAACAUUGACCAUUUGUCAGUGUGAGUGGAGUUGGAGGUGAUAUAUAAAGAUGCUCAGUAUCUCAAAGCAGAAUAAAUCUCCAUAGAGAUAGAAAUGUUCAGGCUUAUAGGAGUCACCAUCAAUGGUAAUAGAAGUUUCUUACACUACAAGAUAAAUGAAGCAUCAUGCUCUUAUUAGUCCUAAAUGUCUUGUGCCUUGUAAGGAGUUUCAAAAGAAAGCCUUCAUUUGUGGUUUUGAAACAUUAGCUGACUUGGGAAACCUAUUUACUCAGCUUUUGUUUGAAAUUUGUAGAUUAUUUUUUAUAACUGAUUAUUUUUGU